UAAAAAUGAGGUGCGAGGGCCGGCCACAUUGUUGGAGAGAGAGAUGGGAAGGUCCCCUUGCUGUGAGAAAGCACACACAAACAAAGGUGCAUGGACCAAAGAAGAAGAUCAUCGCCUCAUUUCUUACAUUAGAGCUCACGGUGAAGGCUGCUGGCGCUCUCUCCCCAAAGCCGCCGGCCUUCUCCGUUGCGGCAAGAGCUGUCGUCUCCGCUGGAUCAACUAUCUCCGCCCUGACCUCAAGCGCGGCAAUUUCACCCUCGAAGAAGACCAACUCAUCAUCAAACUCCAUAGCCUCCUUGGCAACAAGUGGUCUCUAAUUGCUGGAAGAUUGCCGGGUAGAACGGACAAUGAGAUAAAGAAUUACUGGAAUACUCACAUAAGAAGGAAGCUUCUGAGCAGAGGAAUUGACCCUGCCACUCACAGGCCUCUCAACGAUGACAAGGUAUUGGAACGCUGCCCUGACUUGAACCUUGAGCUAACCAUUAGUCCUCCCCGUCAACCUCAAUCUGAUCAGCAUCACUUGAAGCCCGUUGGGAGAAACUCAAACCUUUGCUUUGCCUGCAGUUUGGGUUUGCAAAAUAGCAAAGAUCAUUGUAGCUGUGCGCUCAACACUGCCAACGCUGCUUCUGGCCAUGAUUUCUUGGCCUUGAAAACCAGCGUUUUGGAAAUGAAAUGAGUCAAAUUCAUUUUGGAAUCUUUCUUCCCUAAUUAAUUAGUUGUUAAUGGAUGCAAAUGAUUGCCUGCCCAAUUUCCUCGUGGAGCCCUUUCAAUUAUUUCUAUGUUCAUGUACAUGUGCGUAAGACUACAAACUUUCUUGCUUAUACGAUUGGUUCUUUCCAAAUAGAAUACAACUAUAUAUUUUUGUUAUUUCUAUAACAAAAGUUCAAUUCAUCA